AUGUCAACCUUCACAAGCGUUUCAAAAAGAGCUGAAAACAUGCUACAUGAAAACUACAUUGAUUCGCUGAAAAUGAAGGUAUCAAAAUCAACUGAUCAACUAAGUACGGUUUAUGAACAUAACCUGAUAUUCACAGUAGAUUUGAAAGAAAAAAUUUGUACUUGUAGAAGAUUUCAAAUGGACAAACUUCCGUGUCCACAUGCCAUGGCAUUACUAAAAGAGCUACACCAAGAGCCUUACAGGUACUGUUCAGAAUACUUUGGAAAAGAAAUGAUGUUAAAAACUUAUGAAGGGAUAGUAUAUCCAGUUGACAAUCAAAACUUGCCUAGCAUACUAACAAAUGUUACAGAGAAAAUAGUCCUGCCGCCACAUGGAAAAACCAAGUCAGGAAGACCAAAGAAGAGGAGAAUUAAAGGGCCAUGCGAAUCUACAAAUCAGAACAAAUGCAGCAGCUUUAUGGUAGCUCAUGAGCAGCUUUUUGGUAGCUCAAUAAACUAG